UCGACCUUCCCGGCCACUCGGACCCCCACACUUUCUCUCUCCCUCGCCGCUGCACUCGCAGCCUGCGCAUCACUUUCGCCGCAGCUGCUUCACCUUGCUGCUGCUAGGAGACGUGCCCGCUUGUAGAGAUCUCGUCGCGCGCCGACAGUCUCGCCAGAGAGGCGCGCACGUCCCUUCUCCAGCAGCUCGGGCCUCGUCGCCAGCGCCGCGCGCAGAGAGCUCAGAGAUCGACCGCAGCACCCAAAGAUGCCAGCAGAGGCAGCUGCAUCUCUCUCCUCAUCGCCGCCAAGCACCUCUCCAGCACCCUCCGCUCAGCAGAGCAGCAGCAGCAACAGCGUGCGCCGCCAUCGCUCCGUGCGCUCCCUCACGCGCGACUACGACAGCAGCGUCACCUCCAGCUCCACCACCUCGUCGCUCGCACCGCCCUCGCCCGCAGACGGCAACGGCAGCGGCAGCAGCAGCGCCGGCAACAGUCCACGCAGCCGCAGCGGCGCCCUCGUCUCGCCCGACGGCUCUCCGCGCGCCGCGCGCGGGCACCGGCGCCGCUCCAGCGUGCUUCUCGCCAGCGCCACGUAUCCCUCGACACUGCAAGGCGACGCACCUGUGCCUCGUCCACGCACCUGCUCUGGCUCCAGUCUGACUCCCGAGGAGCUGCGCGCCGCCAAGAGCAGCAUCGCAGGCAUUGCCAGCGCCGCCUAUCCCAGCUCGUACGCCGGCUCGUCGGCCUCGAGCUCCGCCAGCCCCACCAGCACCAAGAUGCCGCUGCCUGCACCGCCGGCGCGCGACCCGCCCGCCUCGGCGCCUGCAGCCUCGACCGGCUCGCCGCGUCGUAGCGCAGAGCGCACCACCACGACGCCCGUGAUGAAGCCGCGCGAGCUGCCGUCGCUCGCCGUGCACAUCCAGGCCGCCACGCCGCUGAGCAGCAGCUUCUCUGACGUCGUCGGAGCAGGGCCCAGCGAGGCAGCGGCGCAAGAGGAGGAGGAGUACGAGGAUCUCGACACGUUCGACUCUACCUCGUCGCUGCCGCCGCUGGCCUCCGGCGGAGCUGCCAACGGCGUCAGUGAUGCGGCACUGGCGGCCAUGACGCCGGCCGAGCGGCGCGAGCACAGCCGCAAGCAUAGCACUGUGCACGCACGCAACCUCAGCGUCUUCUUCCCGCGGCCUGGCUCGGAGCAAGAGGCCGAGGCAGACCGCGCUGCGGCAGCGGCCAACUUUGGCCGCGGCGGUGCGCCCGUCUCUGCUGGCGCAUCGAGUUCGGAAGACUCGCUGCUGCCGACGCCAACUGAGGGCAGCACAGGCGCCGGUCUGAGUCCCAGCCGCAGCCGACGCGGCCAUCAUCGCCGUCACAGCGUCAUGGACUCGCGCAACGUCGACGCUGCCGCCGCCUCUUCUGCCCUGGCAGGUGGGCCCAGUACGCCGCGCAAGGGUCUUGGCGUGCAAGGUUUCAAUGGCUCCAAUCCUUCGCUCCUCUCGCCUCACUCGCCACACGUCGAUCCGCUCUCCUACUUCCCGCCCGAAGGCUCUCCCUCCUCGCCUCUCAAGCCCCUCACUCCCGUGCUCGGCGCACAGGCCUUCAAGUCAGCCAAGCAAGAGCGACGCGUCAUUUCGUCGCUGCCGCGCUCUGAUCGUCCGCUCAUGCUCUUUGCAGCGGCGCACUUUGCGCUCGGCGCCGCGCUCUGGGUGGCGGGACAGAGUGGAGAUUCGCUGGCUAUUGGCGGCCUCGGCUACCUUGUCGUCUUUGAUGCGCUGGGCGAGCUCUGCGAGAUCGGUGGACGAUGGGUCAAGGAUUGGCACCGCGAGGCGGCGGCAGGCGAGGGCAAGGUGUACGCACCACAGCGCAUGGAGACGCUGCUGCAUUUCGUGCAGUCCAUCUACCUCGUCUUUGCCUCGAUCUACGUGCUCAAAGAGUCCAUUGAGCAUGCGCUGCUCGAGGGCAGCGACGAGGUGCACAUCGAGGAUGACGCGGGGCUCGUGCUGCCUACUGGUCUGCUGCUGGCGGCGACGGCCUUCGGCGUCUUCAGCAGUCUCGUGCUGCAUAACCAUGCCAAGCUUGUUGCUGCUUGUGGCAUCUCUACCGCGGCAUCAGAAGCACAGUCCGGCCGUCCCCGCCGCGGUCACGGUCGAUCCAACUCCGUGCUGGUCGACCCCACGACGCUUGCCGGUCCGUUUCUGCACCUCCUCUCCAACCCAUUCAGCCUCACCGUCCUCUUCUUCACCGCGGCCCUCACGUUUGCCAGCAUCGUCAUGCCGCCUUUCCAGGUCGCUGCGCUUGACAAGGUGCUCGCUGGUCUCGAGAGCGCAGCGAUGAUCUACGUCGCUUGGCCCGCGAGCAAGGCGCUGGGCCUUGUGCUCCUGCAGACCGCACCGCCGACGUGGCAGACGCAGAGUGUGCAGCUGCGGCACACGAUGCGGACAAUCGAGGAGCACCCACUCGUCACCUAUGUGGCGCCGCCGCACCUGUGGCAGCUCACGCCGCCUACGUCCGCGAUCAUCGCCUCCAGCAACGGCGUUCUCGGCUCCCUGCCAGCCUCUGGCUCUCGUCGCGGUUCCGCCUCUGCAGGCAGUGGCGGUACGCGCGCCGCAAAGGCCGCAGCACUCGUAGCGACGAUGCGCAUCUUCCUGCGCGCCGAUGCCGACGAUGCCGAUGUCCUCGACGUCACGAGAUGGGCCUGGCAGCUGGCGGCGCCGGCUCUGGGAGCGGGCGCGGGCCUGAGAGCGGGAGAGUCGAUGCGAGGCAGCCUGAGAGCGGGAGAGUUGGUGAUUGAGUGCCGAAGAGAGGGCGUGCAGGAGCACUACGAAAAGGUGCACAAGGUGCACGAGCGCGGAGGAUGCACAGGCCAUGACCACGGAGGCCACGAUCACUCGCACGACCAUGGCCACUCGCACGACCACGUGGACUCGCACGACCACGGCCAUUCGCACGACGAUCACUCGCACAGCCACUCGCACGGUCACUCCUCUCACGGGCACGCCAAGCACGACCACUCGUCGCACGACCACGCCUCGCACUCCCACUCGCACGACCACUCCUCGCACGCGCACUCGCACGACGCUGGCCAUGCAGCGACAGCGGGCCACACGCAUGGCCGCCAUGCGCACGCCUCGCAUGAGCAUUCGCACGACCAUUCGUCGCACAGCCACGCGCAUGGCUCGCACGAUCAUUCGCACGACCACUCUGCUGGCCAUGCGGCGACGAAGGGCCACGCGUCGCACUCGCACGACCACGCCCACGCCCACGCAGGGCACUCGCACCACCACUGAGCGAAGCCAAGCGAGCGACGCUGGCAACGACCCUCUCCUCCUGUCACCCUCUCCUGGUCUCUCUCCGCCUCCAUGCUUGCUCCUGCCCCGCGCGUGUCUUUCGCCUCCGUGCAAGCCAUUCUCCUGUCAGACCACGCGCGUGAGACCAUAUGUGUGCAAUUGUAGAGGACCGGUGACGUUGUAUGCGCGAGGCGCUGCUCAACGAGCAAGGCCGUGCGAUGGAGCGGGGAACGAGACGCGCCUGCGCAAGGCGCGCGCGGAGAGACGACGAGCAGUCUGAGUAUAGAGGCUAAGGUGACGCA